AUGACCGACCCUCCCAUGCCGCCUCUGGGAAGGCAGAGUGGACCGCAUAGUGGGGAAUCCGCUAAUAGUAUAGUAAGGGAGGCUCUGGACAUUGGAGAUCUCAUCACUGGUGCUGCGUCGCAUGUUACAGGCCCCCCAAAUCAAGCAAAUGAAGACGAGGAAGUGGUCCCGCAACAGGCCGAAACCCAAGAUACCCAAGAUACCACAGCCACAGCCAACGCAAAGAAGAAGAGGCAAACAUUCUCCUUCUCCGGCAGACACUUCAAGUGCAACAGUAAUCUGUUUCUUGACGAAACUCACAGAGAAGCUUUCCUCCAAAGAUACCCCCAGAACAAUUUGGAUAUCGUGGGGAAGGUCACACAAUGCCCUACGGCAAAGAAUGGUAAAAGAUGGUGUUUUAGAUGGAUUACAGCAGGUACCCUCUUGGAUGUCCGAUGGACGCAGAAUUACAAAGACAAUUCAACAGACUUUCGAAGCAAGCUGAAAGGUCUGAUAAUGGCAUACGAAAGAGAAAAGAGCCAGCUGUCAAUGGAUCUUGAAAGCACUCCCGCAGAUAGCCAGAGUACAAUACCGACUUCAGCAGAGCCAACAGUCAAGACACCUGCCGCCAAACCAAAGAAAGGGAAUGUGUUGCCAACAAGCGAAGAAAGGGCACAAGCUUAUGCCAGUCUAAAAACUGCGUGUUCAACAGGCAGCAGUGUGAACGCUGUGUCUGAAGCAAGAGAGAGUAGACGCAUUACAAGAGGUGACGAUGUUGAUGGUUAUGAGUCUGACUCUGAUGAUGGCGAGGAGUUGGAUCAACAUGAUGAUGCAUUCAAUGCAACACCCAUGGGUGAAGGGUACGAUAGUGAUGAAGAUAUCUACGAAAUUCAAGCAACUGACGGAACAACCAUCCCCAGAGAAGAUACAUAUGGCAAACUAGCACAGAAGCUUCAAUGGAAGUUCCAAUCAGUUGUGCCUGGAGAGGUUCCUUUUACGGACAAUAAAAACAUGCGAAAGGAGAAGACUAAGUUGAAGUCUGGUGUAAGAAGGAGAUGGAACGAUCCAUUCCAGUGCUUCCAAGCUCUUGGGUGCAGCAGGGAUUUUGUGACUGUGUUGACAAGAGAAUCGAACGACUAUGCAAAGAAUCAUCUGCUAGACAAAGACCGAAAGAAGAAGUUGUGUGGUGGGAAAUGGAAAGACAUAAAUGUAAAAGAGAUGCAUGUAUUCCUGGGCAUCUUGUUGAAAAUAUCACUGUCUCCUGUUGAUGGUGGUGGCUACAACGCAUACUUCGAAAAAGAACCAAUAGGCAUCAAUUACAGCAACAACGCAAAACCCAAGGAAAUCAAGAAUAGUGAAGGCUGGGCUUUUCAGUACAUGACAUUGCUUCGCUUCAAGCAAAUAAGAGCUGCUUUUCAUCCUGAGGAUAAAGAAAUGGCAGCUGGUGCGAGCGACAAGUGUUAUCAAUUGAGGAGGGCAAUAAACUCAACAAAUACGGCUUCUAAAUCCACAUUCGAUGCUGGUCCUUUUUGCGCCUUCGACGAAGGUGGCGUGGCUUGCCGCUCAAGGUUCUGUCCUGUAAGGCAAUACAACAAGGACAAGCCCAAUAAGUUCAGAGUUGACUUCUUCAUACUGGCAUGCUCAAAGACUUACGCGAUCUUGCACAUUGAUGUGUACCAGGGAAGGAAUGCCAAGAAUAUUGGCAUUGACGAAUCGAUCCAAGACCUUCCGACAACUCAGAAAGCUGUGAUGAAUUCUGUCAUGUCUACCUUUGGAGACGAUGGUGGGGGAUCUCGACACAUUGCAAUGGAUAACCGGUACAUGUGCCCCGAGCUUGCUGUUCUUUUACUGACAAAGUGUGGAUGUCACAGUACUGGGACAUGUCGACGAAGAAGGAAGGGAUUUCCAGAUCUUCUCGACUUAGAAAAGAAAGACGGUCGCGGUGAGUACAAGAUUGUCGCUGAUCGAGUAAAUCGAUUGCUAAUGAUGCAGUGGGUUGACAACAAAGUAGUUACGAUGGUCACCACCAAGAAUGAUACUACUGUUGGUACAGUGAAGAGGCAGAUUGGUCCAAUGUCCAGACAGCUGGAUUGUCCGGCAGCAAUGAUUGGCUACCAAAAAACAAUGUUUGGUGUCGACAAAGGUGAUGAGAUGCGCGCCCAUUUCGGAGGCUUCUCAACUAAAGCGCACUUCAAAAAAUGGUAUAAGCGAGUGUUCCUUGCUAUUCUUGAUGUCAUGCUGAUGAAUGCGCACAUUGCAUGGAACUUGUCUGUGCAGGAAAAAACUUCACCCAGGAAUGCGCUGAAGCGGCAUGAGUUCAUGCUGUUUGUAGCAGAGUGCCUUUUAGAUUACAAUGAACCUGAAGCCGCUGAUCCCGACAACACACCAGAGAACGAUCCCAUGAAAGACCACCUUCCUCUCCAACCCAAGAUGAAAGCAAACAAUAGACAGCGUUGCAUUGUUUGCCGCUUAGAGAGUGGGCAAUGGUUCAAUCCAAAAUUGGGCGAGGCCGGUAUCAGGUCUGGCUUGUCAAUGUGUUCGAUUUGCGGUAUCUUUGCUCACAACCACAUUAUCUCGGACUCAGAUCGACACAUCCACAAUCUCCAGCAAUUCCAGGACAAGACUUGUUUUCAAAUCGCACAUCAUCCUGAUGGUGUGGCUCUGUGGCAACUGCGAGAUCGUCAUCACUGCAAGGGACCACGAUCAAUCUGCAGGAGUGCCCCUUUGUGGAAAACUCUUCGAAAGCUUUAUGGGAAGCCAGAGAUAGAGACUCGAAAGCGCAAGAGAAAGGACAAGGACAAUAACAACGAGGAGGGAGAUGACCAAUCCACCAAAUCUUCGAACAGCGAUGAUGUGCAGAAGAAAAAUACCGGUACUUUCUAUGACAGCAGCGACAACGACAUUUACAACUAG